AAGCCAGUUGCCGCAGAUUAUCAUACCUGACGUUUGGAUGGUUCAUUGAUCAAUCGCAAAGCAAGUGCUCAGAAUAUGUCUUAAAAAAAAAUUGAUAUUACCAGUUUCCAAGGCAGAGUUGGUAUGGCAUGUGUCUGUCGGCAGUAAAAAGUAUCGUACCAGUCCAUCUAAUGGCAAAUAAGAAAAGAUAUAUACUAGUAUUAUCUGCUGCUGCUGCAGGUUUGACCAACAGCAUGCCUGUUGGCCCUGAGCCUUCCUCCCUCGCUUAGGUUGGAUUCAGCACAAAAAUCCAUAUCUGAUCAUUUCUUCUUUUUUGGUAGUAAUCAAUUUGAUGUGGUGAAUCAGGACCGAGUCGUCUGUAAUGCAAUUAAUUUUGGUUAGCAGGCAGGCCCUCCUCAGGCGAGGUAGCUGCCACCACAUUAGUCGCCACUUUAACUCUCGUCUGGUGUCUCUAUAUAAACAACCGUAGUUGGAUACUGCUAGUCGCUCACUCACUGGCAAACUUCUCCAAGUUCUUUAGUUCCUAAGCAAGCAAAUGGCCUUAAAAGUAGUUAUGCUUCUGGCAUUAUCCUCUUUUUUCCUAAUCACAACAAGGGUUUCAUCGUGGGGCGAGGAACUCUUUGUCAAGGACAUCACCCAAAAAGCGCCUCCGCCACCAAUCAAGGCAUCUGAAGGUUCCCCGCCAGCCCCCGCAACUGAGGCUUCACCACCACCGCCGCCGCCAAUUUACAAACCAGUCCCUGUUCCGCCACCAGCCAAGAAACUGCCUCCUCCUUCUCCACCUCUUAAGGCCUUGCCCCCUCCUCCGCCAGUUUAUAAGCCAGUUCCACCUCUACCUGUCAAGAAACCACCAGUGCCGUUGCCCCCUCCUCCGCCAGUCAGAGCACCAGCUCCUCCCUCCCCAAUGAAGCCCCCGCCAAGAAACACAAAAGAAUGCUUUCCCCUAUGCGCGGUUAGGUGCAAGUUGCAUUCGAGAAAGAAUGUAUGCUUAAGGGCAUGCGUGACCUGUUGCGACAGAUGCAAGUGCGUUCCUCCAGGGCAAUACGGCAACCGAGAAAAAUGUGGCAAAUGUUAUGCUACAAUGACCACCCGUGGCGGCAGGCUCAAAUGCCCCUAAUUAGCUUAAUUCCCCCUUUACAAAUUACUACUACGCCACUUUCUUUCAGUUUUCCUUGUUCAUCCUCAAGGAGAUGGUCUAAAAGCUAUCUGAUCUUCUUUGGGUUGACGAGCUGAUGAUUUCUUAGAUAUCAUAGAUCAAGCGGUGCGGGGUUUGAUUUGUUUCUUGUAGUAAUUUGAUUAAUUAAGAGGUUUAUCAUAAUAAUAAGUUGUACUAGUAAAAAGUGUCUCUCAAGUCUCAUCAUCGAUGAAGAAGAUGAAUUGCGUUUCUGCGCUGCUUA